AUGGAUAUUCUUAUAAAGUUCCAUAUAGAUAAAAUAAAAGAAAUUAUUGUGAGCAAUUUAUCAGACUCAAUAUCAAUAAAAUCAUAUACCAUAGCAUCCAGCCAAAUUGCAAAUGGAAAAGUCAAAAUGUCAACUCAUAACGAAUGAUGAACUUAUUUCCAGUCAUUUUAUGAUUUUUUUGAGGUUUUGGUAUUAAAACUGGACGAAGUUUCGCAAAAUUCAGAAACUUAUAGUUCAUUGGCUCAGUCAAAUUUAGGAGCAACAGAGGUUAUCAAUUCGCCGCUUACGAAUAAGACAAGCCAGGAUUUGCUUAACGUAGUGAUUGAUACCAACAUAAUAAAAGCUUUAGUGCAAAAAUUGCGUAGCGAUAUUGAAAAAGAGAGAAGUAUUGUUUUAAUAUUUAUUAAAUUUAUAUAUAGAAAAAUGCCUAGCAUCCAAACAAUCAUUUUAAAGCAGAUUGAGUAUAGUAUAUAUUGUUAA